AUGGAUUCGCGUAAGUCCACAGCACUUGGACUUCGUCGUGACAAUUCAGCACACAUCCAGAAACCAGAGUCUGGGGUGGACAGGCUUGCUGUUCUCAAAGCCCGUGUCGCCGCAGCUACAGGUACCAGCAAAGCAAAGGGACACCCGAAUCCAGCAAUCGAGGGACUCAGCUCGAACACCUCUUUCACGAAAGCGGGAGAAAGUUCUGACAACCAUGCUCAGCGGCAUACUCAGCGGCAUACUCAACCACUUGCACCUCGCGCGGUUCGUGGUUCACCAAUCAUAAGUCAAAGUUUUGGACAAAAUAGACAAAGAGGCGAGGAAUCAAAUCCUUAUUUCGACGAAGCCUUGGCAAAGCAAACCGCUGGCAGCAAGCAACGAGAACCAAGGCGGUUGGUGUUCAACCAGAAGGGCAAAUAUAUUCAACAGGCUAAUGCUCUACGUCGCCAAGCAGCUCUAGAAGCCAUGAAAAAGCGAAUAGCAGAGCAAACUAGAAGAGCCGGAAUCAAUGAAGACUUGGACGUGGAAAAAAAUUUUGUGGUUGAUGCCCCGCCUGAUAUAGAGUGGUGGGACGAAGCCCUCGUGGAUGGGUCAAGCUAUAGCGAUAUCGAAAGUACAGAUAAAUCGAAAAUACAUGCCCAAGACAGUAUUGUCACGGAGUACAUUCAGCAUCCUGUUGCCCUUGAGCCUCCUCAAGAUCGACACAUGCCCGAAGCAAAGGCCAUGUUUCUGACAACCAGGGAACAAGCGAAAAUAAGACGUCAGCGGAGGAUGGCGGAGUUGAAAGAAAUGCAAGCCAAGAUUCGCCUGGGAUUAGUUCCCGCUCCGCCGCCCAAAGUGAAGAAAGCAAAUCUGAUGCGUGUUUUGGGUGAUGUUGCCGUUAAAGACCCAACAGCAGUUGAGGCAAGGGUCAACCGCGAGAUUGCAGAGAGGCACCAGAAACACGUCAGCACCAAUGAGGAUCGAAAAUUAUCCAAGGAGCAAAAACACGAAAAGCUAUCUAAGAACCAGCAGAAGGAUGCUAGCAGAGGCAUUCACAUUCUGGUUUUUAAGAUUUCAAGUCUAGCAAAUGGGCAGCAUCGAUAUAAGAUUGGGGUGAACGCCGCUCAACUAGCUUUGUCUGGGACUUGUAUUUUGCAUCCGAAAUUUAAUCUCGUCAUCGUUGAGGGCGGCGCAUGGAGUAUUAAUAAAUUUAGAAAGUUAAUGCUAGGCCGCAUCGACUGGACGGAAAACUCCGCGCCCCGAAACCAGGAAGACAUAACCAACGCAGAUAAAGACUGGCUGCGAGCUGAGGACGAAGAUAAUGUCUUGAAAGACAUGUCAUUAAAUGAGUGUAAGCUGGUAUUUGAAGGAGAACAAAAGGCACGCGCAUUUCGGAAAUGGGGUAGUAAAGUAUGCGAAACUGAUUCAGAAGCUAGAGAAGUCCUGGCUAGGGCAAAAAUGGAGAAUUUCUGGUCUCUUGCUAAGGCCUUGCCCUAG